GCACUGUGGGGAAUUCAAAAGAGUUUUUCUGCAUACCAGCAGCAGUCUUCACGGGAGUGCGUAGGUCGAAAAACGAGAUAAAGAAAGGUGAUAAUGGAAGAUUACUUGAAAAUAGAAAAAAUUGGAGAAGGUACCUAUGGAGUGGUGUACAAGGGAAGGCACAAGGCCACCGGGCAGGUCGUGGCUAUGAAGAAGAUCCGUCUGGAGAGUGAGGAAGAGGGUGUUCCCAGCACCGCUGUCAGGGAAGUGUCUCUGCUUCAGGAGCUGAAACAUCCCAACGUUGUACGCCUGCUGGACGUUCUGAUGCAGGAGUCCCGUCUCUACCUCAUCUUUGAGUUCCUGUCCAUGGACCUGAAGAAGUACCUGGACUCCAUCCCGUCUGGCCAGUACAUGGACCCCAUGCUCGUCAAGAGCUACCUUUACCAGAUCUUGGAGGGAAUUUAUUUCUGCCACUGUCGUCGAGUUCUCCACCGGGACCUGAAACCCCAGAACCUCCUGAUAGACAACAAAGGAGUCAUCAAACUGGCCGACUUCGGCUUGGCUCGGGCCUUUGGUGUUCCUGUCCGGGUCUACACCCAUGAGAUUGUGACUCUGUGGUACCGGGCUCCAGAGGUCCUUCUGGGUUCACCCAGAUAUUCCACCCCUGUCGAUGUGUGGAGCACUGGGACCAUCUUCGCUGAGCUGAGCACGAAGAAGCCCUUGUUCCACGGAGACUCGGAGAUAGACCAGCUCUUCAGGAUCUUCAGGACUCUGGGAACCCCGAACAACGAGGUGUGGCCAGAGGUGGAGAGCCUUCCUGACUACAAAAACACUUUCCCUAAAUGGAAGUCUGGGAACCUGUCGUCCAUGGUGAAGAACCUGGACCAGAACGGUCUGGACCUGAUGGCAAAAAUGUUGAUCUACAACCCUCCGAAGAGGAUCUCUGCCCGUGAGGCCAUGACACACCCAUACUUUGAUGACUUGGACAAAUCCACCCUGCCUGCUGCCAGCAUCAACAAGAUCUAGAGCAGAUUCUCUCCUCAUCGGAAAUCCUUUAUCAGUUAUUAUUCUGUAAAUACUUCUGUGUGUGUGGAAAUGGUUGCAAACCGUGAAGUUUCAAGUCUUUUCAAUAAAACUGAACUUUGUGUGAUGA